CCCCUUUGCCCCCUCGGGCGACCUCAACCAGAAUAGGCCGAGCGCCAGAUGUGGGGCGGGAGGGCCGGGGCCCUGCUCCGUGCGUGGGGGUUCUGGCCAGCGGGAGCCCCUGGAAGGAGACCGCUAAGCUGCCAUGCGGCGUCGCCGGCGGGAAGCAGCUCAGCCCGGUGCUGGAACUGCGGCAGCCCAGCGGGCCCCGUGAGGAAAGACGGGCCCUUCUGCCCGCAGUGCCGGGCACUGCAGCCCCCUGACCCGACUCAGGACUACUUCAGCCUCUUGGACUGCAACCGUUCCUUCAGAGUUGACACUGCAAAGCUCCAGCACAGGUACCAGCAACUACAGCGUCUUGUCCACCCAGAUUUCUUCAGCCAGAGGUCUCAGACUGAAAAGGAGUUCUCAAAGAAGCAUUCGACCCUGGUGAAUGAUGCCUAUAAGACUCUUCUGGCGCCCCUGAGCAGGGGACUAUAUCUUCUAAAGCUCUGUGGAGUAGAGAUUACUGAAGGGACAGAUUAUGAAAUGGACAGGCAAUUCCUCAUGGAAAUAAUGGAAAUCAAUGAAAAACUUGCAGAAAUUCAAAGCGAAGCUGCUGUGAAAGAGAUUGAAUCUAUUGUCAGAGGUAAACAGAAAGAGCUGACUGAUAAUGUAAGCAGAGCUUUUGAACAAGAUGAUUUUGAAAAAGCCAAGGAAAUAUUAACAAAGAUGAAAUACUUUUCAAACGUGGAAGAACAGAUCAAGUUAAAGAAAAUUCCCCUCUAAUAGUUGCUAAUUUUAAAGUUUUUAAAAUAAAGUUCUUGCAUAUUUCCCUUCUGGUUUCUGCUAAUUGAAAAUAGAUAUACUGUAAUCACUUAUCUUAAUUAAGGAUGUGAUUCAAUCAUUAAUAGAUGGCCAAGUUCGUCAUGCCGGUGGAAAUACUUCUCACCAGAGCCUAAGUGGUCAGUUCUUCUGUGAUACCUGAUGCAUCAUGCCACUAUCUAGGCCAGUGGAUGAGAAGAUGGGGAGAGAGCCAACCUGAGGCUCUGUAGUAGGGGUCAGCAAACUUUCUCUGCAAAAGACCAGGUAGUAAAUAUUUGACUCUGCCAUUGUAGAACUUUAUUUAUAAAACAGGUAGUGCUCUAGAUUUGGCCUUGGGCUUGCCAGCAUCCCCUCAACAUACCUACUUUCUAAUGGCGUGAUCUUCAGUAAUAGAUAAUCCCCUCAUUAGUGUGGCCUUCAGGACAUUCUACAACCAUGCAAAGAUGCCUACAGGUAUUUUAUUUCAAAAUGUAGAUAAUAUUAUGAAGAAUUAGUCUGGGGACUUCCCUGGUGGUACAAGGGGUUAAGUCUCAACACUAUGAAGCUAUCCACAGCAACUGCAGCACCAGUUCAAUCACCUGCCAGGGAGGUGACCCACAUGGCGCAGCAGACCUCUCCUGUCUCACCCUUUGCUCCCCUCAGCAGUGUAUUUCAGUAGAUCUGCCUGUUCUGCUUCCCACUCUGUCUCUGGUGAAUCCUCUCACCCUCUGCACCUCUGGCCUAUACACCAGUUCUUGUAUGCAUA